AUGCGUGUGAAUUGUCCUUUGGUCGUGGGUGUAGAUGUGAUGCUGGAGGCGAUGGCAGCGUUUGAUACCAUAUAUGUUACACACUCCAUGUCCGAAUCGACGACACCUCCACUACCAGAGCAGAACUGCAGCCAAAAUGAGCUGCAGGAGGCAAUCUCAAUGAACCCUGACGAUGUGCAGGAUAAAAUGGCAGAGCCGGGCCCCGCCUCCGAUCAGAUCUUUUCUAAGUUAGCUCGCAGGUACUUCAGAGCAGUCACUUGGUUGGGUGCGUCUACGAGAUACACGACGAUCGGGAGCAAUCCGUACAUGGCCGGAGCAGAAGCAGCUCACCGGGAACCUCAUGCAGCAGUGAGUCAAGCCGUGAAAGCAGCCCUGCUAGGGAAUGCCCAAGCCCUCCUGAAGAUUGCCCAAUACAAGCAGCCAAAAAAGCUGUUUUUAAUAUGCUCUACCAAUAUCAGGCGAUACCGGUAA